GUUUCCCCCAUUUAUACUUCCAACUCGUCGAGCUUUUCCUCAUACUGAGUUGGGUCACCGAUCGGAACCCUAACCAUGGACAGUGUGGAAGCAGUGGUGACCCAAAUUCAAGGCCUCUCCGGUGGUUCCGCGGACAUUUCUCUUCUUCACAGCCUCUUGAAGCAAGCGGAUGACCUACUUCACAAUGAGUCGACUCGAUUAGCUCCGUUUCUGGAACAGCUUGAUCCUUCCAUACACACUCUUGGAUAUCUCUAUCUCCUAGAAGCAUGUACAUCUACUCCAAUUCCAAAAGAGCAAGCCAAUCAACUGGUUCUGUCCAUUGCAAAUUUUAUCAACAAUUGUUCAGCAGAGCAAAUUCAUUUGGCACCUGAUAAAUUUGUAUCUCUUUGCAAGAGGUUGAAAGACCAAGUUAUACUGCUAGAAGCCCCCAUGCGGGGUGUAGCACCAAUGCUGACAGCUGUUCGCAAGCUGCAGUCUGCAUCUGAACUAUUGACUGCUUUACAUCCAGAUUUUCUUCUUCUUUGUUUAUUGGCAAAGUGUUAUAAAACAGGUCUAUGCAUUUUGGAGGAUGAUAUUUUUGAAGUUGAUCAGCCAAGGGACUUUUUCCUCUAUUGUUAUUAUGGGGGGAUGAUUUGCAUAGGACAAAAGCGGUUUCGCAAAGCAUUAGAGUUGCUACACAAUGUUGUAACUGCUCCCAUGUCUACUAUAAAUGCUAUAGCUGUUGAAGCCUACAAAAAAUACAUAUUGGUUUCUCUCAUUCACAAUGGACAGUUCUCUACCACUUUCCCAAAGUACACUUCUUCAGUGGCUCAAAGGAAUCUAAAGAACUUCUCUCAGCCCUACCUUGACCUGGCAAAUAGUUACAGCAGUGGGAAAAUCUCAGAACCAGAGAAAUGUAUCCAGACAAACAGGGAGAAGUUUGAAGCAGACAAGAAUCUUGGAUUGGUGAAGCAGGUUGUAUCAUCUAUGUAUAAGCGCAAUAUCCAGAGAUUGACUCAGACAUACUUGACUCUCUCACUUCAAGAUAUAGCCAACACAGUGCAACUAAAUAGUCCUAAGGAGGCGGAAAUGCAUGUGCUUCAAAUGAUUCAAGAUGGUGAGAUAUUUGCAACAAUCAACCAGAAGGAUGGAAUGGUUAGAUUCCAAGAGGAUCCUGAACAAUAUAAAACCUGUGAGAUGAUCGAGCAUAUCGACUCAUCAAUCCAGAGGAUAAUGGCACUGUCAAAGAAAUUGACUACUAUGGAUGAGCUUAUCUCAUGUGAUCCGUUAUAUCUGGCAAAGGCUGGCCGAGAGCGACAGAGAUUUGACUUCGAUGACUAUGAUACCGUUCCUCAGAAAUUCAACAUAUGAAAUGGCAAGCAGGAUCAACUUUGGUUUCACAAGAGAUGGUAAAUGAUAUGAUGAAUGGCUUCAUACUGUCCAAUGUUGGCAAAUUUUCAUUGUCUUUUUUUGCUCAAGAUAGGUGAUAUCCGUUAUCAAAGCGCUGUUCAGACAUGAAAUAGUUAUGGGCACAUUUGAAUAUGAAGCGUCCUUUGCCUUUUCCUCAUCUUAUUGUGAA